AUGGAUUUCGGGGAUGACCAGGAGGGCGGCUCCGAGAGCCAGCAGCAGCAGCAGCAGCGCCGGAAGCGCUACCACCGGCACACACCGCGCCAGAUUCAGACGCUCGAGGCGAUGUUCAAGGAGUGUCCCCAUCCCGAUGAGAACCAGCGCGCGCAGCUCAGCCGGGAGCUCGGCCUGGAGGCCCGGCAGAUCAAGUUCUGGUUCCAGAACCGCCGCACCCAGAUGAAGGCGCAGCACGAGCGGGCGGACAACUGCUUCCUCCGCGCGGAGAACGACAAGAUCCGGUGCGAGAACAUCGCCAUGCGGGAGGCGCUCAAGAACGUCAUCUGCCCCACCUGCGGCGGCCCGCCCGUCGCCGAGGACUACUUCGACGAGCAGAAGCUGCGCAUGGAGAACGCGCGCCUCAAGGAGGAGCUCGACCGCGUCGCCAGCCUCACCUCCAAGUUCCUCGGCCGCCCCUACACGCAGAUGCCGCAGGGCAUGCCGCAGAUGAGCGCCUCCUCGCUGGACCUCUCCAUGGGCGGCGGCCACCACCAUCACCACCAUGGGCUCGGCCUCGGCGGGCCGAAUCUGGACCUCGACCUCCUCAGCGGGGCCGCCUCCUCGUCGGAGAUGCCGCAGUUCCACCUGCCGCCGCCCGUGACUGAAAUGGAGCGCCCGGCUAUGGCCGGCAUGGCCACGCGCGCCAUGGACGAGGUGAUCCGCCUCGCGCAGGCCGGUGACCACGUCUGGGUCAAGAUCCCAGGCGGCGACGGCCGGGAGAUCCUCAACGUGGAGACCUACGACAACAUCUUCUCCAAGCCCGGAAGCUCCUUCCGCGCCGCCGACCUCCGUGUCGAGGGCUCCCGGGAUUCGGCGCUCGUGUGCAUGACCGCCGCCGCCCUCGUCGAAGUCUUCAUGGACACGAGCAAUUGGAUGGAGUUCUUCCCGAGCAUCGUGUGCAACGCGCGCACCGUUGACGUCCUGGUGAAUGGCGUCAACGGGAGGAGCGAGUCUCUCAUCCUGAUGUACGAGGAGCUGCACAUCAUGACGCCGGUGCUGCCGACCCGCGAGCUCAGCUUCCUCCGCUACUGCAGGCAGAUCGACCAGGGCCUAUGGGCCAUCGCCGACGUCUCCGCCGACAUGCAGCGCGACGUCCACUUCGGCGCGCCGCCGCGCUCCCGCCGGCUCCCGUCGGGAUGCCUCAUCGCGGACAUGGCCAAUGGCUACUCCAAGGUGACCUGGGUCGAACACAUGGAGAUAGAGGACAAGGUGUCGAUCGGCCCCCUGUUCCGUGACAUCGUGCAGACAGGCGCCGCGUUCGGCGCGCAGCGGUGGCUCGGCUCGCUGCAGCGCGCGUGCGAGCGCUGCGCUUCCCUCUCGUCCCUCGGCGGGAUGCACGCCGACAUUGCCGGAGUGACGGCUGAAGGUCGACGGAGCAUGAUGAAGCUGUCGCAGCGCAUGGUGGGCAGCUUCUGCGCGAGCAUGACGGCGUCGCAGCACCACCAGUGGACGCACAUGGCGGGCACCGCCGGCAACGACGUGUGCGUGCGCGUGUCCAUGCACCGCAACGGCGACCCAGGGCAGCCCAACGGCGUGGUGCUGAGCGCGGCCACCUCCGUGUGGCUCCCCGUCGCCAGCGACCACGUCUUCGCCUUCGUCCGCGACGAGAGCACGCGCAGCCAGUGGGACGUCCUGACGCACGGCAAUCAGGUCCAGGAGGUGUCGCGCAUCCCCAACGGCGCCAACCCCGGGAACUGCAUCUCGUUGCUGCGGGGCCUGCAGUCGAGCCAGAACAGCAUGCUGGUGGUGCAGGAGAGCUGCACGGACGCGUCGGGGUCGCUGGUGGUGUACUCGCCCAUCGACAUCCCGGCGGCCAACGUGGUGAUGAGCGGCGAGGACCCGUCGGGCAUCCCGCUGCUGCCGUCGGGGUUCACCAUCUGGCCCGACGGCCGCUCGGGCGCCGGCGGCGGGGCGUCCACCAGCGCCGGCGGCCAGGUCGCCGGGUCCGUGGUCACGGUGGCGUUCCAGAUCCUGGUGAGCAGCCUGCCGUCGUCCAAGCUCAACGCCGAGUCCAUCGCCACCGUCAGCGAGCUCAUCAACAACACCGUGCGGAACCUCAGGAACGCGCUCAACUGCGGCUGA